CGCCCCUCGGAGAGGCCCCGCCCCCCGGCGCUGGCCCCGCCCGGGCCCAGGUGGCGGCGGCGGCGGGUCCCGGCGGGAGCGGGCCGCGCUCCGGGCCGCGCCGAGGCGAAGCAGGAGGAGUUCAGCCAUGCUCCAGGGCUCCCUUGCGUGAAGGACGGAGAAGGAGGAAGAGGAAGGCCGCCGCGGGUGUUUGCUCCCGGGACGGGCCGCGUGGGAUCCCUGCCACUCCUAUGAGCCUGCCUAACGCCGCCCGCCCGAGAUGUCAUCCGGCGAUAAGAACGGGGGCAGCCGCUCCAGCAGCAGCCGCCUGCAGAGCAAGAAGCCCCCCAACCUCUCCAUCGUCAUCCCCCCCCGGGAGGCAGAGGAGGACGGCAGCCGCAAGGAGGAGCUCCUGGAGAGCAACGGGAAUACAGACUCCCCAACUACACGUCCUGUCUUCCAGCCCUCGAAGGUCCCCAUCUACCGAAAGAGCAAGAGCCUGCAGGAGCCCAGGUCAAAAAGAGACGACGGCUCCUCGGAGAAACAUCCCGGCUUCCGCCGACAGACCUCCCUGUCCCAGAGCAUCCGCAAGAGCACGGCGCAAUGGUUUGGCGUCAGCAGCGACUGGGAAGGAAAGCGGCAGCACUGGCAGCGCAAGAGCUUGCAGCACUGCAGCAUGAGAUACGGCAAGCUGAAGGCUGCCUACCGCGACAUGGAGCUCCCCAGCCAGGAGGUGCCCUCCUUCCAGGGCACCGAGUCGCCAAAGCCCACCAAGAUGCCCAAGAUCGUAGAUCCGCUGGCCAGGGGCCGUCCCUUCCGCCAUCCCGAUGAUGCUGAUCGUCCCCACACGCCCCACCACGUCCUGCCCCCCGUGACUCCCGGCGUCGCCUCCUUGGCCUCCUUCAACAGCAUCCGCUCCGGCUACAGCCGCAUGCCCCGCCGGAAGAGGGAGUCCGUCGCGCACAUGAGCUACAAGGCGGCCGCGGCGCUUCUCCGCGGACGCUCUAUGCUGGAGCCGCUGGCUCAGAAGCGGAGGAGCAACAAGAGGAGCUUCGUGUACCCCAGCUUCCUGGACGAGGACAUGGUGGACGCUGCCGAUACCCUGGACUCGUCCUUCUUCAGUAAGAUGGACAUGCACGACGAGAUGUACUCCAUGCCGGAUGAUGUCUUCGAGUCGCCGCCUCUAUCGGCCACGUAUUUGCGCAUGCACCCAGUGGGGGAGGAUGUCAGGGUGUCCCCGGAGGUGGAGCAACCCACUCCAAGGGAGAGUGCCCGGCUCACCCCGGCCUCCGCCGGCCCCGCUCCCAGGAGAGGCAGGCGCAUUGCUUCCAAAGUGAAACACUUCGCCUUCGACCGCAAGAAGCGCUACUACGGGCUGGGGGUGGUGGGGAAGUGGCUGAACAGGACGUACCGCCGGAGCCUGAGCAGCAUAGUGCAGUCCCAGCUGGAGAACACCGACAGCCACCGGCCGUAUUUCACCUACUGGAUCACCUUUGUCCACAUCCUCAUCACCUUGCUGGUCAUCGGCACGUACGGCAUCGCCCCCAUCGGCUUCACCCAGCACGUGACGACACAGUUGGUGCUGAGGAACAAAGGUGUCUAUGAAAGCGUCAAGUACAUCCAGCAGGAAAACUUCUGGAUUGGGCCCAGCUCGAUCGACCUGAUCCACCUGGGGGCCAAGUUCUCCCCCUGCAUCCGGAAGGACCAGCAAGUGGAGCGGCUCAUUCAGCGCGAGAGGGACCGGGAGCGCAACUCGGGCUGCUGCGUCCAGAACGACAACUCGGGCUGCAUCCAGACCCUGCCGCAGGACUGCUCGGAGACGCUGGCGACAUUCAUCAAGUGGCCAGGCACCAACGCACCAACGAUGGGCUCCGGCAAGAAGCGGACAUCAGGGGCCGUGUGCCAUCAGGACCCCCGGACAUGCGAGGAGCCAGCGUCAAACCCACCCCACGUGUGGCCAGAUGAUAUCACCAGGUGGCCGAUUUGUACCUACGAGACCAAAACCAACCACACGGGCUUUGCGCACAUGGACUGCCAGAUCAAGGGCAGGCCCUGUUGCAUCGGCACCAAGGGCAGCUGCGAGAUCACGACGCGGGAGUACUGCGAGUUCAUGCACGGCUACUUCCACGAAGAGGCGACGCUCUGCUCGCAGGUGCACUGCCUGGAUGAAGUCUGCGGCCUCCUGCCCUUCCUGAACCCGGAGGUCCCCGACCAGUUCUACCGCCUCUGGCUGUCGCUGUUCCUGCACGCGGGGGUCAUCCACUGCCUGGUGUCGGUGACUUUCCAGAUGACGGUGCUGAGGGACCUGGAGAAGCUGGCGGGCUGGCACCGCAUCUCCAUCAUUUUCAUCCUCAGCGGCAUCACGGGCAACCUGGCCAGCGCCAUCUUCCUGCCCUACAGAGCAGAGGUGGGCCCGGCCGGGUCCCAGUUCGGCUUGCUGGCGUGCCUCUUCGUCGAGCUCUUCCAGAGCUGGCAAGUCCUGGAGAAGCCUUGGAAAGCCUUCUUCAACCUCUUUGGCAUCGUCCUCUUCCUCUUCGUCUGCGGCCUCUUGCCGUGGAUCGACAACAUCGCCCACCUCUUCGGCUUCCUCAGCGGCCUGCUGCUCUCCUUCGCCUUCCUGCCCUACAUCACCUUUGGCACCAUGGACAAGUACCGCAAGCGGGCCAUGAUCAUCGUCUCGCUGCUGGUCUUCGUGGGGCUCUUUGCCUCGCUGGUGAUCUGGCUGUACGUCUACCCCGUGAACUGGCGCUGGAUAGAGUAUCUCACCUGCCUGCCCUUCACCAGCAAGUUCUGCGAGAAGUACGAGCUGGAGCAGGUCUUGCACUGACCGCGGCGGCGAGGUCACGGAGGGAGCGGCGUCACGUUUUCCAGCGGGGUGGUCGGGCACGGGGUGGGUUUCUAGCCAGCCCGGAGGCGGCGGUGGUGGAGCAGGUGGUGGUUUAGAAGCAGGGCUUCCCCUCCGCACGGCAAGGUGGGCGCCCUGGCUUGGGGUAUGCCUUAGACACGGCCUCGUCCCCGGGGCCGGCAGGGCUGCGCUCUGGGGCUCGCCCGCAUCCUGUAACUGCUGGGGACGUGGGAGGAGUGGGGCUGGAGCUGACCCACUUUGCGCUCUGUCAGGGCUGCAAGGGCCGGGCGGCUACCCCGUGGCCCCGAAAAGCCAUAACUGCCGGGUUUGGAGACCAAGCCAGCACCCAGCGGCUGCCCGCACGGGGAAGGGACCCAGCGAGACGGCAUUGCCAGGCUUUGGGGUGUCACCUUGCCGUGGCGGUGCCGCGGCUGGGCUGGGCUCCCGGCCGAGCAGCCGCCGAGCGCCGGCCCCGGAGACCUCCUGCUUGCUGGGGCAAGAGGUGUUUCACACUUGCCUUGGAAGCACGUCAGUGCCUCAACGCCGAAGCCCCCGAGCUGCCCCGCUCUCGCUUCGAGUCCCCUCUUGCCCCAUCCCUGCCCCUCUGCCUGGCGGCGGCCCCCCCCUCGCGCCGGCACGUCCCCCCUCGGGGCUGGGGCACUGCCACUCAUACUGUGAACACAACCCCCUUUCUGCAGGGGCGCUUUUUUUUCCUUUUUCUUUUUUUACACGCGGCUCUCGGCGGCCUUAGCCGGCCCCGCGGGGCGCCCGGCACCCAGCCGAGCGCGGGUCCUCGCCUUGCAGCCGGGCUUUGGCCCACCCCGGCGCUCUCCCGGGGUCCUGGCUCCACGGCGGCCUGACAGCGGGCUGGCAGGUCCUGCCGCAGCAGCCCUAGGGCUUCUGCGAGGGAGCUGGGGCGUCUUCGCAAAUGCAAGCCACGGAGGUCCCCGGCGGCGUCCCCCCCUUUGGGCUCCCCGGAGCCUCUGCCGCGGCUCCGAGAUGCUCAGAGCCGAGGUUCAAUGGUAUUUUUUCAGUCCCGCUUUCCCCUCCGAUGCUCCCACGAGGCCUCCAAAGGAAGCUUUUUCUGGAAACGGGCUCAUCACUGGAUAGAGUCAGGAAUUGGGGGUGGGGGUCUUUUUCCCUUAUUUCAGUGGAGUUCCCUUUUUUUGGAAGUGGAGAAGCGGCACAUGCCAGCUUCACAGCAUGGUGCUGGGAGAUGGUCGCUGGGAAAGACGUGCUCAUGGUUUCGCUGGGCUCCUUUUGAAGCCCGAGGAGAGGCAGGAUGCGGCCGAACGCCGCCUGCCCUCGGACCCCUCGGGAAGCCUUCGGCGUUCCCACCUUCCACUGCUGCCUUGAGUAUUACCUCUUUCUUCAAAAAGCGGGGCGGGGACGUGGGUCACCCUUCCCGUGUCAAACACUCCUGGAUGGACCGUGGAGCACCUGCCCGUGGGCGCUCGCCCCUGCGCGUCCUGGCGGGCCGGGAGACCCCGGGCUCUCCUUUCCCUCUGGAUGCUCCCAAAGCAUCUCCUCCUCGGCCAGGCUUCGGCACGAAGCCAGGUCACUCCUGGAGUCCGGGUGACUCCUCUGGGCUGUUCUGGGCCCCCCUUGGGGCCGGGUUGUCCCUACCUGGCGCGCGUCCCUUCGCCGCUGGUGGGUCUUGGUGGGGUUAGGUGGGGGCAGGUGUGGAUCACCCAGCCGGGAGGUCCCGGCGGGGCUGGGGUCCGUGGUUAAGGGCUGCCAGCUCCGUCUCUGUCCCCGCUCGGCCGUCCUUGGUCACAGGGCUCUCGGGGCGGCCGUGGAGCCCCCCGAGCCCAGCCCUGUGGCACGGCCCCCUGCCCUGUUCUUCUGGUGCUGCUCCAGCCAAAGACAGCCACGUCACCUCGUUCCUCUCUUUUUGAUACUUUUUUUAAAAGCUGUGGUUUUUCCCUGAAUAAAUUUCUACCUGUAUUUAA